GCACCGGCGCUCCUCGUUUCGCCACACUUCCAUCCACUCCCCUGCUUCCUCAUUAGCUCAAGUUUCUUUCAGCUCCCCCUUCGGUGCCUGUGUGUGUGAGAGAGAGAGAGACAGAGUAGCCUUGCCCUUGCCAUGGGGAAGAAGCAGAGCGGCAACGGCGGCGUGGAGAAGGUGGCGGCGAGGGAGUUCUCGCUCAAGGUGGCGAUGCACUGCCGGUGCCACGGGUGCUCGGACAAGCUGCGCGCGGCGGUGCGGGACCUCACGCUGGCGCCGGGGGUCGAGGCGGUGGACCAGACCGCGGCCGAGGCCACCGGGGAGGUGCGCGUGCUGGCCACGGCCGACCCCGAGCGGCUCCGCAAGGGCCUGCGCAAGGCCACCGGCAAGAAGGUCGACCUCGUCUUCCCGCCCGCCAAGGAGCGCAGGAAGGGGGAGGGGGAGGACGCCCGGGCCGUCGACGCCGCCGCGGUGCAGGCGCUGCUCGCCGACCUGCAGCUGCACCACCAGUACGGGGGCCAGGCGGCUGCGCGUCACCAGUACGGCGGCCAGGGCGCCGCGGCCGCCGCGUGGGCCGCGAGCCAGCAGCACCAGCAGCAGCUGCUCGGCCUCGGCGGCGGGUGGAAUGGAGCCGGUGCUGCCGGGGGCUACGGCGCGGCGUACCCGUGGCAGCCCUCCUCUGCGGCCUCCUACUACCCUGCCGCGCCCGCCGCUGGUGCUGGUUGGGGCGCGUACGGCGGCUACGGGUACGCUCCUCAGGCGCAGGCUCCGGCCCAGGGCCACGGCGGCUACUACGGGGCCAGCUCGCCGGCGUGGCACGGCCAGGGCUACUGAUCGGUGCGCGCGCGCGCGCCGACCGUGCCGAUCGCGCGAGUCGGAGAUAGGCGAGUACGGCGGAUCAUACCAGAUCACCAGCGAGAGACGACGAUGCCAUAUACAUAUGCGUACUCCUUUUGUGCUAGUAGUAGUAUAUCUCAGUUCAGUUAAUUGGUAGUAGCAAUCGGCCGGAUGAUCGAGCAGUGGUAGUAGUAGCAGUGAUGUGAUCGAUGCUAAAUCCAGGGAGCAGAUAUACUACUGCUUCCUUUGUUCUUCGUUCAUGUAUAUUUUGCGGUUGAGUGAUUGAGUUCCCUAUAUAUGCAUAUGAAAAUCGUUGGAGUUUCUACUGAA